AGGGUACUCAUCAACACUGACACAACAACAGCUCGCAAUGGUUGCCCGAUGGGUCUAGUGCCAGUGCUUGAGGAAUCGCAGGCCGCUCAAGCGCUUUUCGAAUAGCCAUGGCGAUGAUGCGGACCAGGACCAAAAGCCGAGGUAUGUGCCUCUGCCUUCUCGGGAUUGCAUUGGCGCUGCUCGUGCAGCCGAGCACGGACUUUGCUCGAGGAGUUCCUGGGCUGAAGGACAGCAUAUUGGCCCAGUUCUCAGAGUUGCCCGCGGCGCAAGCAGAUUGCACUUUGGCUCUUUCAGUCAAAACGGCACCCGUUGCAUGCCGGAGUCGCUCGGCGCGCCGGGGCUGCGCAAGAGGACAACAGUGGCCAGGACCGGCUCGAUCCCGAGGAGGUGGCGGGCCUUCAGAGAAAGCGACGUCCCAGCUUCUCGCUCAGGUGGUCGCAGAAGCCGACAGGGUGCUGGAGGACAACGGCACGGCGAAAGAGACCAAAGCCGUCUGGCGAAAAGCGCAGAAGAUAUAUCCAGGGAAGUGGACCCUUUCAGGGCUGAAAGACGAGUUGCAACAAAAACUGCGCGAGUUUGUGGAGGAGGCCAAAGCAGCCUCAAAGGGCUUGAACGAGGACCUGCUCCUGGCGCGGCAGCAGCUGAAGCUUGCGCUCGCGCAGCAAGAAGCUGCCCAGGAGCAGGAAGUUAAAGCCGUCGCCAGAUUGGAGAAGGCGGAGGAAUCAGGCAAGGUGCAGGAGGCGGAGAGGAAGGUGGAGAAGGCGGAAAGGAAGGUGGAGAAGGCGGAAAGGAAGGUGGAGAGGGCGAAGAAGGAGGUCAAGGAGGCGAAGGCAAGCGGCCGGACGAAGGAGUCCGAGGGCGCAAGUCGCUUGCAACGCUACCUCGCCCCCAAGUACGUCGUGAGAGAAAAGGACAUUGACGGCGAGAAGCUGCUGGUCUGCGAUUUCAAGGAUUCGGCAAAAUUUGCCAUUGUGUCCAGCGAGCUGAUGCAGAAUUUGACGGCGUGGGUGGAGGACUGUGUGUCUUCCCGACGCAUCUGCGCCAUCAAUGGCAUGGUAAAAACGGGAAAAUCCACCGUAUUGACUCGCCUUCUGCCCCAGAUCAUCUUGACAAAGAUUCCAAAUGCCGCGAUUUGCGUCCUGGACUUUGCCAAUUUUCUCAACGCGGGCGCCGAGCCCGGAGCAAUGGAGGAAAGAUUGCUGAAAGAAGUUUGCAGUUGGGCAACAGGCGCUGGGUUUGAUGUGCGCCCUGCACACCAGCUGACCUUGAAUCAGUUGAUGGACAAUUUGGAUAGGUCCGGGCGUACUGUUUUUUUCCUCAUCGACGAGGUUCAGAGGUUUUUCCAAGUGCAAGAGGGAACUAUCCCAAUCUGGGACAUACUCAAGGGAUUCCUCCGAGUCAGCAUUGAAGACUCCAACCUGCACUUUGCCAUCACGGGAUCAGGCAUGGUGCUGGCUUGGCAAAACUUCGUGAGGAUGACUUGCAAUGGAUUCACCUUUCCCGGCGUGUGUCGAAGGUUUUUCCUCCCGUGGCAGAACCCCGUCCAGGAGCUGGACUAUGCCAGACAGGAAUUCCUGGCCGCUGCUGCCAAUGAAGCCGAGCGAGAGGAACUGUCGGAGUUGCUAGGCGAGAUCCCAUCCGUGCCGCUAAUGGCAUACACAGCAGCGGUGUGGAAGGACGAACCGUCCAAGGAUGACGCACAAAAACGCGUAAGCAUGAAGUUGAGAAAUGAGUUCGUGACGGAGAUGACCCCUUUGCUGGCGGAUCCAAGCCGCCACGUUUGCGGUACAUUAGAGACUUGGCCAAUGGUCAGGCAACCUCUGACCCAGCAGUUUUUUUUGAUGAGACCGUGUACGACUGCUUCCUCAAGGCAUAUAUUGAUGAGAAGAACGGCAACUUCUCUUUUGUAAACAACCCGUGGACUGUGUGCGUGGCACGCUGCAUAGACGCGCGCGGGGCACUACUGAACCAAAGCAAUUUUCCGGUCCUUCAAUGGUACCAGAACGAGCAAAAACUGCAGCAACUUGCGCGAGUUGGUGAGUUUGUGCAAGGCACGCUGCGGCGUUGGUGUCCUUCGCCAAAGGGAAGGAAGAAUCGCCAACUGAGCAUCAAGGAAAAGCAAGACCGCAGGCUGGUGGAGACCAUUUGCAGGAGGCAUGGAACGAAACAUGGCUGGCAUCCAACGAAAGGGGAUCCAUAUUUUGAACGACUGCUGAGUUGGUCGAAUGAUGCUGUAAAUAAGAGCAUACAAAAGCGCCUGGAGGACAAAAGAAAGAAGAACAAGACGGAACCGGAACGGUUGGACAUGCCGUGGUGCACCUACUUGGAGAUGUUGCGCAAUGCGAAUGCGCAUCUCAGCUCGACAACCAGAGCUGAGUAUGAGGAACUAUUGUUUCAUUGCUUGCCGCCCCGGUCAGACUUGCUAUUGGCGGCUUUGAGGAAUUUCACUCUGUCCAGACCCCAGUGAGAGCCAGGCCCACGCUGUUGAAGAC